AUGUCGGUUCCCAACUUCUCGGACAUUGCCAAGGCGGCAAACGACCUGCUCAACAAGGACUUCUACCACCUGUCGGCUGGCACCCUCGAGGUCAAGAGCAACACCCCGAACAAUGUUGCCUUUAAGGUUUCCGGCAAGAACAGCCACGAGAAGUCGACAUCUGGUGUGAUAGAAGGUCGCUUCGUGGACAAGUCUCUCGGUACGACACCUCCUAGCACGAAAUGGGCACCAGCACAAGCAUCAGCACAAAAACAAGCACCAGCACAAACACAAGCAUCAGCACCAGCACCAGCACAUGCACACCAUAUCUCAAGUAGCAGCCUCUUCAGCAUACCCAGCGGUUACGCUUCAAACGUCGAGUCCCAAGGCUUCAACUCAGAGCCCAAGAGCAGCGGCGAUUUUCGCAAGGCGGAAUCGCCAAAGCUCUUCUCCUUCCCCUCUAAGACUCCAUCUUCAACCGCUCCUACUCCCCUUGCUUCUUCCUCCCGCUCACGAACUUCUGUCUACCCCCCUUCAUAUGAUCCGUGCCUUGCCAUAUAUCCGGUUGGUGGAUGGCACAGCCGCUCACCGGUUGAUGCGAUGGUGCUGCUGACGCCAAGAACGUCAACAUUGCUAAUGAGGUAUUCACGACCAGGCCUGUCCGUUACCCAGACCUGGAACACGGCCAACGCGCUCGAGUCCAGAAUCGAGCUUGCCGACUCCCUUGCCAAGGGCCUCAAGGCUGAGGGUAUCUUCUCCUUCCUGCCGGCCACGCAGGCUCGCGGCGCCAAGUUCAACCUGCACUUCAAGCAGAGCAACUUCCACGGCCGUGCCUUCUUUGACCUGCUGAAGGGCCCCAUCGCCAAUGUCGAUGCCGUCAUCGGCCACGACGGCUUCGUUGCCGGUGCCACCGCCGGCUACAACGUCAACAAGGCUGCCGUCACGAACUACAGCGCUGCCGUCGGCUACCUGGCCUCGACCUACUCCACGUCCGUGACCGCCAGCGACAACCUCAGCGUCUUCGCCGCCAGCUACCACCACAAGGUCAACAGCCAGGUCGAGGCCGGCGCCAAGGCCGUCUGGAACAGCAAGAGCGGCAACACCGUCGGCCUUGAGGUCGCCACCAAGUACCGCCUGGACCCCCUGUCCUUUGUCAAGGCCAAGAUCAACGACCGUGGUGUCGCUGCUGUUGCCUACAACGUGCUCCUCCGCGAGGGCGUGACCUUUGGUAUUGGUGCCUCCUUCGACACCCAGAAGCUGGACCAGGCCACCCACAAGAUCGGCACCAGCUUCUCCUUCCAGGCCUAA